GUAGCUGAGAAGAAAGAAUCAAAGAAAGAAAGAAAGAAAGAGAUUCCAUUCAUUUCCCUUAACUCUCUCCAUGCUGAUAUCAUCGUCGCCAUUGUCUUCUUCAUCGAUAACGACGUCUCAGUGCCAAAUCUCCCUUUCUUGUUAAUUUUACCUGCCCUUUCUCAACCAUUGAUCUUUACGUCCCCAAGUACGCAUCUCCAUUAACUUAUCACAUCUCUCGAGCUGCUAGGAUUUCAGCCCAUCGCGACACCGCGCCGAACAUCGAAGUAUUGUAUGGAACUCUCGCCGCACAAGCUUCUUUCCAUAUAACUCGAUGAUAUAGGAACAGAUACAUCCUGCCUUGAUAGUCGAUUUUCAAUUCAUGGUGAACACAAGUACUACACCUCCGGCUCGACCUACAGUUGUCAAGUAUUAAACUCGUACCUCAGAGUCCCAACGAGAGACACCAAUUGCGAACCUUCACGUCGACUCGAGAAUUUGGUCGCACUCAAUCAAUCUCCACCCGCUCAACCCAACACACCAAAGUCAAGCAAGCAAACCCAUAAAUACUGGACGUGAAGGCUGUUUGAGGGACGGAAUUGUACGGCAAGGCUUCGGUUACUCUGUGCUUCUGCUAUUGAUGAACAAGGCAUUUGGACAACUGACAUCUUCAUUUCUGCUUUUCAAUUUCAGGCUGGAUUACAAUUUUCUUGCCUCGCCUCUUUCUUCCAAUAUCUCGGCAUAGGAGGUUUAAUUAUCUGUUGGGCUUCUUUACAUCAAAAUUCAAAGAGACUGCAAGCACAGAGCUUCGUCUUAUAUCUCCAUUCUGUCUGCAGUUGCCAAAGAAGGCUCUCGGACUUUGACCUCAUUUAUUGAAGCAAUAUCCUCCAGGUUUUAGGAGUAAUCCAAUUUCCUGUGGCAUAACAUCAACUCACACUGUUCAUAAGCAAUACAAAACAUCAUUUUUUCACCAAAUCUCACCCUUCACUUGAAAGUUAAGGUACCUCGUGUGCACAUUCAGACGCCAUGGCUGAUGACGAGUUCGACAUUGAUAUCUAUGGAGAUACCAACACUGAACAGGAUACAAUUUUCAAGAAGGACGAUGAGGGUGAUGUCAAGAUUGACGGCGUAGAACCUUCCGUCGCAUCAGCUGCCGAAACUAAUGGUAAACAUGAAGAACAGGAUGACGAUUAUGUAGACAUCAAGGUUAGUCAUGAGAAGGACGAACUCGCUGAAGGGCAACAAAAGAUAAAGAGUACCGACGAAUCUGGACGAGAUAUUCUCAACAUUCCCAAACAGGCCCCUCAACAACAAGGUGUAAAGAGAAAGGAAGGCUCCGACGAUCGCCCAAUCGAUCAAGGAGCGACUACAGCCUUGCUCAUAUCAGAGCUACAUUGGUGGAAUACCGACGAUGAUAUCCGGGGAUGGAUCAAUCAGGCUCAAGUCGAAGAUGAGCUUAAGGAGAUGACUUUCUCCGAGCACAAGGUCAACGGAAAGAGCAAGGGGCAAGCCUAUGUGGAAUUCACGUCCCAACAAGCUGCAACGGCAGUGAAGCGAAAGAUUGACGCUUUCGGCGAAGGCCACCAAUAUGUGAAGAAGCAGACAGUCGCAUUCCACAACCCAAAUGUUAAUCCAUUCCGUACGUUACCCAAAGACGCGCCAGCCCGCGCCACGAAAGAAGGCCAAAACAGUCGAUCAAGCUCGGGACCAGGAGGUUACAACAGUGAAAGGGGCAGCCACACUUCAGGUAACUUUGGUGGUAAUUUCCGCGGUCGUGGCGGUGGAUACAAUUCUUCUCGUGGAGGCAUGAACAUGAAUCAAGGAAAUUUUAACCGUAACUUUUCAGGUUCAGGAGGAUCUAUGGGCGGGGGCUUUAAUUCUUCAAUGGGAGGCGGAUUUCAAGGGAACCCCAUGGGAAACCAAUUUGGUGGAUUCAACCGUGGAGGUAUGAUGGGUGGCAUGCGGGGUGGACCUGGGGGUAUGAGAGGCGGCCGAGGGGGAAUGGGAAAUAAUAUGAUGGGAGGUAUGCCCAUGGGAGGUAUGCCAAUGGGCGGAAUGGGCGGAAUGGGAAUGCCUAUGAACAUGGGUAAUAUGGCACAGAUGGGUGGUGCAAUGCAAGGCGGGAAUGGCUUCCAACCUAUGCAGCCACACUUCAAUCCUGCAUUCUUUCAACAAAAUCAAAGCGCUGGUGGCGACUGGCAGAAUCCACACGGCGCCAAAAGACCAAGACCAGAAUGAGGUAUAGAUAGCGGAAAGGGCGUUGAAUUUGGGGACCUGGCAUAAUUGACAUUUGGAAUAAUGAGCACUUUCAGUUCUUAACUUGUACUUCAAAAUAAAGCAUAAGCAUGUAUCAUAGAAGUGUAAUUCACACGAUGAAUGUAUUUUGAGCUGUCAGAUGAUUGCUUUUCA